CCGCCGCCGGCGCGCAGCCCGCGUACGCCGCCCCAGCGCAGCCCGCCGCCGUCGCCGCAGCGCAGCCGGGCGCCGCCUCCGCGGGAGUCCCCUGUGCCGAUGAGGCUGAUCCCUCGGCCGGCUGGGUGGGGGACUGGGCGUAUGACGAGAGCUCGUACACGGUCGGCGUGGGCGCGGGCGGCCGCUACCUCUUCGAGGAAGUGAUCGACGCGCGAGGGGGCGUCCGGCACAGCGGCGUGCUGUCGCUUCGGGGCGGCUGGCUUGAGGGGGACCUGGUGAACCAGGACGGCAGGGUCGUUGGCUCCAUCCGCCUGCGUCGCGAGGAAGGCCGCCGAGCCCUCAUAUCGCAAGUCCGUCCCCUCGACGGGCAGUGGGAGAAGGAGACGGUCGCCCGCCCCGCCGGCGAUCGGCAGGCGCCCGACCUGUCUCAGCUACAGGAGAGCAUGACGCCGGUGCUCGUGCUGGUCGUGAGCGUGGGCGCGGGGGCGUUCUACCUCUGGAGCACCGUGUCGUGGCGCUUUGUCGUCCGCCCCAUGCUCUGCGACGCGGGCCUCGAGGAGUGCGUGGUCCAGGCGGAGGGCGCGUGGAGAGACCUCCAGCGGUGGCGGCGGGGCGGCGCCUAGCCUGCA